UAGUAAACUACUGUGCAACUGUGUGCGUAACUAGAAUGCUUGUCAUUGUGUUAUGGUGUGCUGUAAUUUAAUUGAACAAAUUAGGGAGACUAACCAUGUACAGAAAAUAAUGUGUUGCAAGCUAUUUCGUUAGCCUGUUUUAGCUAUACUAUACAAAGCUAACAGUUAACUUACAUUAUUCAAUGUUUACAUCUGACUGUCUCAGCAAGCUCGGUAGCUCGCUAACGACCAAGCUAAAGUUACUUUUGUUUCCUCAACCUAGUCACCUCGCAAAACUAAGACUGUUAGUCUGGUUUGCUAGCUACACAUAUUUUGUAAGAUAAUCAUGAAUGGUUCUGUGGAUUCGUUGGUGGAUGUGCUCGAGUCUUACAGGGGACGAGACAAAGUGAUUAGGACACUUUGUUAUGGAUCCCAGCUUGUUGGAGGUGUCUUAUCCCAGAAGGCAGGGGGAUCGUCAAAGAUGGGAAAGAGUCUUUUGCUGUUCUCUGCCCAACUUAGUCACUGCCGCACCGUACUGCGGCUCUUUGAUGACCUCUCCAUGUUCGCCUACUCCAGGAGCUAUGGUCUCGGUUCCACGGAAGGGGAUCCAGCCUUGCGCUGGAUGGCUGUGCUGAGUAAUGUGGCAGACCAGCUGUACUACCCUUGUGAGCAUGUUGCAUGGGCAGCUGAUGCCCACCUCAUCAGUGUCCAGUCUGACAAGUGGUGGACACUAAGCACGUUGCUGUGGGGUGUGUCACUACUUCUUGGUAUCCUCAGGUCUAUCAGAGUGUUGCUACUGCUGAAGAGGAGACUGAAGAAAUCUGAAAGAAGCAGGCAGAUGGACAGCAGUGAGGCACGUGUGAGCACAGGCUCUGAGCUGCGGCGUCAGGUGCUGACCGAAAUACUCAGUAUACUCAGCGGCAUGGCAGACUUGAGCAAUGCCAUUCAUUGGAUGCCCCCUGGUUUCCUGUGGGCAGGACGAUUUCCUGAUUGGCUGGUGGGACUUCUGGGUACUACUUCCUCCUUGAUUGGUUUGUAUCAGAUGUCUUCAGGUGAAGGAGGAGCUACAGCCUGAGGGUCUUUAUGAGGAAUGAACAGGACUUCAUUAACUGAACUUUGUUGAUGAUUUUAAAUCACAUUUGUACAUUUUGCACAUUUUCAAUAGCCUGCUUGGCUAAAAUAUGGAAAACCAGAUGGUCACAUCAGCAGCAAGUCAUUUUCAAUCAAUUAUGUUUUCACAUUACAGUUAAUUGAUUGUAA